AUGACCUCCCUCAGUCGCGGUGGCACUCCUCGCAUGCGAUGCAGCGUUGAGCUCUCGUCGCUGAGGUCUGCUUCUCUGCGAUGUGCUUGGGACUACGAGGCUUCUCGCCAGAACUUUUUAACUAUCGUGCCACCAUCGCGUCGAGCUCCUAAUCUCCUACCGACCACCAGGUAUUUGGAAGCGCCUACAAUGAAUGCCGACCCUCAUUCAGCGUCAACAUCCCCGCCUCUGAACCCAAAGUCUCCCGCACCUCCAACGAUUUCGCCCAUGGUUCUCAGACCCAACAACUUGAACGCAACCGCCUCCCCGCCUCCUAUGGGUUCAAAAGCCCUCGUCACCCGCCUGACCAGCUCGCUGGGUUCCCGCCGCCUCCGCACCAGCGGAAUGGCGAACCGACCCAGCAAGUCUAUGCUCAAACACACGAAGAAGGUCCGCGGAGCGAAGAGCAAACCCUCCGUCAGGUUCAAGGUUACCACUAUUCCAACCAUCCCGACUGCGACAACAGACGUGGAGAUGGUCGAUGCCCGCCCUGCUCCGUCGAGGACAUUUACCGUCGGUUUCCCCAAAGAACUCGCUCGUCCCGAGCUCAAGGAAAUCGCACCUGAAACUAUCACCGCCAUUGCGCCUGGUCUCGGAGAGACCGACUUGGAGUACCUUCGUGACAGUUUGCAGGGUUUGGCCCCUGAGCUCCUUCAAUCGUUAUCCUCCAUCAAGGCCAGCCCCCCACCCAACAGCCUUCCCAAAGAGCUCGCUGUUGUCGUCAACGACAUGACCACCGUCCUUCCAACUCACAUGCUUGCCAUCUACGGCACCAAGACCAAACUCAACCCGGGGCCAUGCAAGGUCACCCUCUACCCCGCCCAUAGCCUCGUCCUCGCCGCACAUUGCGCACACCUUCCCCAAUUCCCUCCCGCUUUACCCGUCCCGGAGCACGUCUCUGGGGAACAAGAGGUCACCCUCCCCGUCUGGGCCUUGCGCCUACCUUCACCCGCGACGUACCCCCAGCUCUCGAUAUACCUGUACAACAAGAACGUCGAGGGUCUGAUGAAGAGCCUCCUACCCAUGCCCGCUCCCCAGACGUUCCUCGAGGACUCCGUGCACGGAGUCGUGCCGUUCGCGUCCCAGCUGGCGGAGACGUUCACGGUGCAGGCCCUCGUGAAGCACACGGUGAUGGUGCAUGGGCUGUGGCAGAACGCGUGCACGCUGGGUGUGUUUGACGAGCAGCUGUGGGAGUGCAUGGACGCCAUGUGGCAAGUUCUCCUCACUGCGCUCGCGAUUGCCACUGGCAAUCCGCAGACGAUGAUUGAGUCUGAGCCUGUUGCGCAGCCCUCGUCAUCGUCAUCAACGUCGUCUGCAAUCCCUGCGACGGCUUAA